AGGGAGAUUUUGUAAACCUGUUUUCUACGUGAAUCUAACUCCCAAACCAGAAUAUGCUUGAGCUUCAUGAAAAUUACAACAAAGUUUAGCACUUUACAUGAAGCUACAAAUCAAUUUCUUUACUCUUCACUCUCUAAAUCCUUAUCAUCAGCAUCAACCACUAAACAACUUCACCGAAUCCACUCGAUAAUUAUUACUCUAGGACUUGAAAAAUCGUCCUACUUCUCUGGUAAACUCAUAAGCAAAUAUGCUCAGUUUAAGGACCCAAAUUCUUCAUUCUCAGUUUUCCACCAAGUUUCACCUACAGCUAAUGUUUACCAAUGGAAUUCAAUCAUUAGAGCUCUUACCCACAAUGGGUUAUUCACUAAAGCACUAGGGUUUUAUGGCAAAAUGCGAAAAUUGGAUGUUUUACCCGAUAAAUGUACUUUUCCUUCAGUUAUCAACUCGUGUGCGGCUUUGGUUGAUAUUGAGAUGGGACAACUUGUUCAUGAGAAUGUUUUGAAGAUGGGUUUAGGUGCAGAUUUGUAUAUUGGGAAUGCUUUGAUUGAUAUGUACGCGAGAUUUGGUUGUAUGGACGAAGCUUUAAAGAUGUUUGAUGGAAUGCCUGAAAGGGAUGUUGUGUCUUGGAAUAGUUUGAUUUCAGGGUAUAGUGCUAAUGGGUAUUGGGUUGAAGCAUUGGAAUUUUAUGAUAUGUCAAGAAUGGAGGGAAUUAUGCCGGACUCUUUUACCGUUUCGAGUGUUUUGCCUGCAUGUGGAGGUUUGGUUAAUGUUAAAGAAGGUGAGCUACUUCAUUGUUUGGUUGAGAAGAUUGGGCUUCACGGCGACGUUGUGGUAAGUAAUGGACUUCUUUCUAUGUACUUCAAGUUCAAUAGGCUCGUGGAGGCACGAAGGAUUUUUGAUGAGAUGGUAGUUAGAGAUACCGUUAGUUGGAACACGCUGAUAUGCGGGUAUUCUCAGAUGGAGUUAUUUAAAGAGUCGAUCGAGUUGUUUAUGCUUAUGGUGAAUAGGUUUAAACCUGAUUUACUGACCAUUACUUCUGUUCUUCGUGCUUGUGGUCAUUUACGUGACUUGGAAUUUGGAAAAUUCGUUCAUGAGUACAUGAAGAAAGGUGGGUUUCAAAGUGAUGUCACUGCUGAUAAUAUUCUUAUUGAUAUGUAUGCGAAAUGCGGUGACUUGCUAGCUUCGCGUGAAGUAUUUGACAGAAUGAUGUGCAAGGAUUCUAUUUCAUGGAACUCGAUGAUUAAUUGUUAUAUUCAGCAUCUUAAUUAUGAUGAAGUGUUGAAACUUGCUACGAUUAUGAAGGUUGAUAUGAAAGUUGAUUCUGUCACUUGCGUGAUGCUCCUCUCUGUUUGUACUCAGUUAGCAGACAAGGAGCUGGGGAGAGAAAUUCACUGUGAUAUAAUUAAAUUGGGAUUUGAUUCAGAUGUUAUUGUCAAUAAUUCUAUGGUUGAUAUGUAUGCUAAAUGUGGACUAAUAAAUGACUCGCUGAAAGUAUUUGAAAACAUGAAAACUCAUGAUAGGGUAACAUGGAACAUAAUUAUAGCAGCAUGUGUUCCAUCUGGGGAUUUCACUUUAGGUUUGAGAAUGAUUAAUCAAAUGAGGACUGAAGGAGUGAUGCCUGAUGUGGCCACUGUCUUAGGCAUCUUGCCUAUGUGCUCUUUUUUUGCUUCCAAACGGCAAGGGAAAGAGAUCCAUGGCUGUAUUUUCAGAUUUGGAUUUGAAACAGAUGUUCCAACUGGGAAUGCACUAAUUGAAAUGUACUCUAAAUGUGGUAGUUUGAAAAAUUCUAUUCAGGUAUUUGACCGUAUGAAAGUGAGAGAUGUCGUGACAUGGACCGCAAUGAUAUCUGCCUAUGGGAUGUAUGGAGAAGGCGGCAAAGCAUUGAGAGCUUUUGAAGAUAUGAAAGCAACAGGUGUUGUUCCUGACCAUGUUGCCUUUGUUGCUAUCAUCUAUGCUUGUAGCCAUUCAGGUUUGGUUGAAGAGGGUUUGGCUUGUUUCGACCAGAUGCAGAAAGAUUACAACUUGGAGCCUAGAAUUGAACAUUAUGCUUGUGUGGUCGAUCUUCUUUCUCGUUCUGGAUUGAUAACUAAAGCAGAGGACUUUAUAAAUUCAAUGCCACUGAAACCAGAUGCAAGUAUAUGGGGAUCUCUACUUAGCGCUUGCCGAUCAAGUGGGAACAUAUUGGUUGCAGAACGCGUUGCUGAGCGAAUCCUUGAACAAAAGUCAAAUGAUACUGGCUAUUAUGUUUUAGCAUCAAAUGUAUAUGCCAUUUUAGGGAAGUGGGAUCAAGUGAGAAUGAUACGAAAAUCCAUAAAAGCUAGAGGGCUCAAAAAGGAUCCUGGAUGUAGCUGGAUAGAAAUUAAAAGAAGAUUGUACGUGUUUGGAACUGGGGAUAAGUUCUUUGAGCAGUUUGAAGAGGUUAAUAAGUUACUAGGGAUAAUUUCUGGUUUAAUGGCUAAGGAAGGUUAUGUGGCUGAUCUGAGAUAUGUUUUGCAUGAUGUUGAAGAGGAUGAAAAAAGAGACAUGCUUUGUGGGCACAGUGAAAGGCUUGCCAUAGCAUUUGGAUUAUUGAACACAGAGCCCGGGACACCAUUGCAGAUUAUGAAAAACCUUCGGGUUUGUGGGGAUUGUCACACUGUGACCAAGUAUAUAUCAAUGAUUAUGCAAAGAGAAAUAUUAGUGAGAGAUGCUAAUCGCUUUCAUCUUUUCAAGGAUGGAACCUGUAGUUGUGGAGAUCAUUGGUGAUGAUGGGUCUCGUGAUCAUAUUUUUUACCAAGAGAACAAACCCUCUUCGUCAAAAAGAAAAUGAAAAAGAACAGAGACUCCUGCUAAUGUGGUGGGCAAAUAUCUGCUUACAUGUUGACACGUUAGAAUUUGAGUACAUUAUUUCUCCCUGGAUGAUCUCAUUAUUUUCCAGAUAAUUUUAUACCAUGAAGAACCAAUCAUUAUACUUUUCUGAUUUCUGUCUUAUCAUUGUUCUGAAAAAAUUCAGCUCUUCGGUAGUUAAAUUAUUCUCCUCUCAAUUUCCAAGAUCAGAGAAUCUUUGAUUAUUUGACAGCAUUGAAUAGCUAACUUUUAGAGAUUAUAGUAGAUUUUUAGAGAUUUUAAAUUAGAGAUAUUCUUUUAUUAUAUGAUUCAAUGUUUCAUGUAUAAAUAUUUGUACAUAUUUUAAGAAAUAUAUAGUUUUGAACAAGUUUUCCUCAAUAUAUUAAAAUAUUGAUCUCUAAUUUCAUCAUGGUAUCAGAUUUUUUAUCUGCUUUUUUGGGAUAAUUUUUUUUGUUCAAAGUUUGUUCCAAAAACCUAUAAACACAAAAUUGCUACUUUCCACCCUAGUCUUAUAUUUUUCUCUCACCGCCCCUUCUAUUGAAUCUGCAUCCACUCGCCGGCGAAACCCUAGAAUUCGAUGACCAAAAGACCCACAUGUAGGCCCCACGCGCCGUCACAAGCUCUUGCAUCUUUGUUUCACAUGCCGCGCAUGGCCUUCACCUACUAUCGUCGUGUUUUUCUAAAGUUGUCGUAGUGCUCUUUGCUCCCUUCCGGUCAUUCUCCUCUAAUUGGUGGUGUACUUU